AUGACUGGCGGCAAGUCUGGUGGCAAGGCCUCUGGCACCAAGAGCGCUCAAUCUCGCUCUUCUAAGGCCGGUCUCGCGUUCCCUGUCGGUCGUGUGCACCGUCUCCUCCGCAAGGGCAACUAUGCCCAGCGUGUCGGUGCUGGUGCUCCCGUCUACCUAGCUGCUGUCCUUGAGUACCUCGCCGCCGAAAUUCUUGAGCUGGCUGGCAAUGCCGCUCGUGACAACAAGAAGACCCGUAUCAUCCCGCGCCACCUUCAGCUCGCCAUCCGCAACGAUGAGGAGCUGAAUAAGCUCCUGGGCCACGUCACCAUCGCCCAGGGUGGUGUCCUUCCCAACAUCCAUCAGAACCUUCUUCCCAAGAAGACAGCGAAGACUGGCAAGAACUUGUCUCAGGAGCUUUGA